GUGUUGCAGAUCUCGUUACAAUCAUAACUAAAAAUGGCAGCCUCCAAGAAAAAGCGUGGCACUAAUGAUAUGGAAGUUGAUAAUGGGAGAGAAGAAAAAGGUGAAGAUCAUGAGCAUGAUAAUUCGGAGCCAGAAAAUAAUAGUUCUGACGAUGAACUAGUUGACACAGAAGUGCAGGUUGAUUUUGAAGCAACAACACCUGAUGAUAGUGAUUUCCAUGGCAUUAAGAAACUCCUUCAGCAGAUGUUCCUCAAAGCUCAUGUGAACCUGUCGGAAUUAGCUGACUUAGUGAUAAAGCAAAAUUAUGUCAGUAGUGUGAUCAAGCAAAGUGAAAUCCCUGAAGAUGAAGAGGAGGAGGAUGAAGAGGAUGUUCUUGGAGUCAUAUCUGUGGUAAACAUGAUGGAUAAAAAGGAACUGGGGUGUGUUAAACAGAUAAAGUCGUUAUUACUGGAUAGAUGUAAGGAAAAUGCAUCAGUUGAAAUUCAACAGAAGUUUUUAUCCCUCUUUUCUGAAACUACCAAUGCUCUAGGUCUUGUCCUUAAUGAGAGGUUUGUCAACAUACCGACUCAGAUUGCUCUUCCCCUUUUCAAUAGUCUGAACAAUGAUAUAGAAGAAGCAAACAAAAGAAAGCUGAAGUUUAAUUUUUCCCAUUACUUGUUCAUCUGCAAGAUAUAUAAGCCUAAAGAAGAGAAGAAACAGCUUUCAGAAACUCUUAUAUAUUCUAAUGCUGAGGAAGAGUUAAUAGAAGAGGAAAGCGAGCUUCAGUUUGACUUUUCUGUAGAGACAGAAGCUGAUUCUGCUCUUGGUGGAAUGUGGAAAGAUGAUGAUGAAGAAUUCAAGCCUUACCGAAGAGUGAUUGUCAUUCCUGCCACUAGAUGGCCAAAUAUAAUCAGCAAAUUGAAGGAAGAAUUAUCUCCAUCAUAAUCUAUCAGGUUAAAAAAUUAUGUAUAAAAUCACCACAAACUAAACGGAAAUGUAUAGUUUUACCAAAUAAACAUCUAAAUUGUG